AUGACUGACAGUAAGACGUCUCAGAACAAACAAAGUCUGUUAGAUAAAUUUGAAAUUGAUCGAUCAUCUUCCUCAUCUCAACAAUCUCAGUUAGAAAAAGGUCAAAUUAAGGAUUAUAAUCACGUUGUACCACCCGGGUUAGCGUCACAAUCAUUAACUAAUAACAGCAAUAUUACAAAUAUCACAACAGUUCGAACGGUAACCUCAUCUUCUAAGAGAAAAGUAUAUAAAAGCUCAACUAGUUCGCCUCGAAGCCGAGCCAAUAGAUUAUAUAAGUAUAUCUCAUCAUGGGAAAAAAUGCCCGAAGCAUUUUAUAGAACGAUCGAACAGAAUAAAUUUCGCGAAAACCAAGAAAAAUGA